CACCGAGGAGCAGCUCCUCGGGGCCGAGACGGGCCCUGGCAGAGAAGCCCCGGGCAGCCGGGGAGGGGAGGGAAGGCAGGGGAGGAGGCGGGCAGGCAGGCGGGGCGAGGGAGCUGCCGUUCCGCUCCUCCCCGCCGGGGCGAGUCGGCGGCGCUGCCGGACCGCCCACCCGAGUUCGGAACCGGUCGCGCGGGGACCCGUCCCGGAAUCCGCCUCCAGCGGUGGAAGCGACUCGAGGUCAUGUGCCAGGUGACAGCCCGCUCCCUGCGCCGGGCGAUCUCCCGCGGCUGGCAGGAGCGGCUGCCCUGGCCCGGCCCCGCGCCCGCCGCUCCACAGCGCUGCAGCCCCGCGCGGACCCCCGGGACGGCCCCCGCCCGCGGCCUCGCCUCCGUGGCCCCCUCCGUCCGCUUCUCGCCCGCCGUCCGCAGCCUCUUCGAUGAGCCGCUGGCCAUCGCCGUGCAGGGUCUCGGCCCGCGGCAGCAGGUCACGCUGCGGACGUCCUUGCAGGACGAGACGGGCGAGCUCUUCCAGGCCUGCGCCCGCUACCGGGCGGGGGACGACGGGGAGCUGGACCUCGCCCGCUGCCCCGCGCUGCCGGGAGGCAGCUUCUCCGGCCUGGAGCCCAUGGGGCUGCUCUGGGCUUUGCAGCCCCAGAAGCCUUUCUGGCGGCUGGUGAAGCGGGACGUGCGGACCCCUCUCCUCCUGCAGCUGGAGGUGUUUGAGGGCCACGGGGACCCCCCCGGGCAGCUCCUGGCCCAGGCGCAGCACGAGCGGGUGUUCCUGUGGGACGGGGUCCGGAGAGUCCCCGUGCGAGAGGGGAAGGUCCGUGCGACGCUUUUCCUGCCGCCCGGAAGUGGCCCCUUUCCAGGAAUUAUUGACUUGUAUGGAACUGGAGGAGGACUUCCUGAAUACAGGGCAUGCCUGCUGGCCAACUAUGGCUUUGCUGUGCUGGCUCUGGCUUUCUACAGCUAUGAAGACCUCCCCAAAGACAUGAAGGAAUUCCACCUGGAAUAUUUUGAAGAAGCCGUAAACUAUAUGUUACAACACACCCAGGUUCAAGGUCCAGGGAUUGGGUUGCUUGGAAUCUCGAAGGGGGGUGACCUGUGCCUCUCCAUGGCCUCCUUCCUAAAGGGCAUCACGGCCACCGCCCUUAUCAACGGCUCAGUGGCAAACGUGGGCGCAGUGCUUCGCUACAAGGACAUCACCAUUCCACCCCUUAGUUUCAAUGCAAAACGCAUCAAGGUCAACAAGUCCGGGAUUGCUGAUAUUUUCGAUGUACUGAGCAACCCGCUAGAAGGGCCUGACCGCCAAAGCUUUAUCCCUUUGGAGAAGGCCGAGUGUCGCUUCUUGUUCAUUGUUGGCCAGGAUGAUCGCAACUGGAAAAGCGAAUUCUUUGCAGUUGAGGGGAGCAAACGUUUGCAAGCUCAUGGGAAGGAAAAGCCUGAGAUAGUCUGUUAUCCUGGAGCAGGGCACUACAUUGAACCCCCCUUUUUCCCAAUGUGUGCAGCCUCAAUGCACCUGCUAGUUGGCAUGCCUGUGGUGUGGGGAGGGGAGCCCAAGGCACACUGCGAGGCACAGAUAGAUGCUUGGCAGCAGAUCCUAGCUUUCUUCCGCAAACACCUCGCGGGCAAGCCAUCUGGAAUAUCCAGUAAGAUGUGAUGUGAGUUAGGUUACUUUGCAGACAAAGAUGUUAGUGUUUCAAGUUUGUUUUGUUAAAUGGCUCUGAAUGAGAACAAAGAACAUCAGAGAAUUAGCUAUUGGGUUUCUUGGAGGGUGGUAGUGGGCAAGAGCAUGAGAGCUGCUUCCUUUUAACACACUCCUCUAACCUCGGUUAGAGGUCUUGGCCUCCUGUUGUGUGUAGUAUGGGAUUACAAGCUGUGGAAAAAUUAUGGUGGUAAGGCUGGGUCUGCUUUGAAUGUGAAUUUAAGUGGAAGGUAACUCAUCCAAGCUGAGAACUGGGAUGAAAAUUUGCCUUGGCUUUCUCAGAGGAAACAUGUUGUACGCUAUUGCCCUUACCAGAGCCAGUUUUGUGCUCUAGUUUUUCAGGAAGCAGCUGUUCUCUCUUCCUGCCUCUGGUUUGCUGUGUGCACUUCCCUCUCCUUCCUCGCUCUUUCUUCUUCUCCCACAUCACUGAAAUACAUCUGCCUUAACACUUAAUAUCUAAUGUUUCACUUGCCAAAAGCAGCAAUACUGUGCCUGGAUCCUCAGAUAACACAUCUCCCAUUUAUAGACAGCAACAGCCCGUAGCCUAACGUGACAUUCUGGGCACAUGCAAUAGAAAUGAGACAUUUGUAUGGUUUUGGGAAGUUCACAAGCAUGAAGAAACAACAGAAUUGGACCCGUUGGUAGUCAUGCCUGGAACUGCUCGUGGGCAUCUCCUCAGCAGGGCUGGAUAUCCCUGUGUAGGUCCACAGCACUCUUGGAUGGCAGUUUCUCCCUGCCUGUACAUUCCCUUAAUGCCUCCCCAGCAGCCUGCUUGUAAGCGCUGGUGAAAAUAGCAAGGCUGCGAAGCUGGCAUGGCAGCUCCUUGAGGCAACUUAGCGUUACCACCGAGUGCUAGGCGGGCAGCUUUGCAGGAGCUGCCAUUGUCAUGAGUGGGCAGGCAGGCUGGAAGGGGCAGUGAGGCCGUGGCGUUGCUGUGGCGGACGCUGGUCUCUCUCCCGCUAGGCCCUGCAGGCCACCGGGCUUCCUUGCUGGCUCUCUCUGAGGAGCGGGGGGCUGCGGGGCACUCUCUCAGGAACUUUUGGCGCCCGGGUACGAGUUUGAAAGAAAAGGCACCGAAUAUUGCUCAUGGGGCACCGGGGGGCUUGCGCUGUCGUACAGAAAUAAGUUUUUAACACGUUAGUGCCUUACGAACCCAAGCUGAGCGGAUGUAUCCAAGUUGCUGUUUGUGUUCUGUGUGAAUUCUGUAGGUGUCUUUAUGUGGUUUGCGUUCGCUGUGGUUUUUAACGGAUUAAAAUGAAACGUUCACCUCUGCCAAC